AUCGAGCAGAACAAGAAGCGAGAGUCGGAGGUUCUCAAGCUGCGCCGGGAGAUGGAGGAGUCCUCCCUGCAGAUGGAGGCCACCAUGGCUGCCCUGCGCAAGAGGCAGGCCGAGUCCACGGUGGAAAUGACGGAGCAGCUGGACAGCCUGCAGCGCGUGAAGCUCAAGCUGGAGAAGGACAAGCAGGUCAUGAAGGUGGAGAUCGAUGACCUCGCCUCCAGCCUCGAGGCAUCUCAGAAGUACAAGGUGUCGGCCGAGAUGCACAUCCGCAAGCUGGAAGAUCACCUGAGCGAAUCCAGCUCGCACUGCGAGGACCUGCAGAAAACCCUCAACGAGGUCAACAACUUCAAAGUGAAGCUCGCAGCCGAAAACAGCGACAACCUGCGGCGGCUGGAGGAGGGGGAGAACAAGAUCGCUCAGCUGAGCCGCACCAAGCUCUCGCUGUCCUCGCAGCUGGAGGAGACCAAAAGGUCGCUGGAUGAAGAAACUAAGGCGAAGGGCAUGGUGUCUCUGGGCAUGUCCAACGCCAAGCACGACUGCGACCUCCUCCGCGAGCAGCUGGAGGAGGAACAGGAGAGCAAAGCCGAGCUCCACCGCGUCAUCUCGCGCCUCAACGGGGAGCUCACUCAGUGGCGCAGCAAGUACGAGUCGGAUGCGCUCGGCCGUCUGGAGGAGCUCGAGGAAACCAAGAAGAAGCUUGCCGCUCGGCUGCAGGAGUCCGAGGAGGCUGUGGAAGCCGCCCAAGCGAGGUGUGCAAGCCUGGACAAGGCCAAGCAGAAACUCCAGGGAGAGCUCGAAGACCUUACCCUCGACCUUGAGAAGGCCAAUAGCUCUGCAGCUUCCUUGGACAAGAAACAGCGUUCGUUUGACAAGCAGCUGUCGGACUGGCGUCAGAAGUACGAGGAGGUCCAGUCGGAGCUGGACUCGUCGCAGAAGGAGUGCAGGAACUACAGCAACGAGAUAUUCAAGCUGAGGACCUGCUACGAGGAGGCGGUCGAACAGCUGGAGGCCUUCAAGAGAGAGAACAAGACCCUUCAAGAGGAGGUCACCGAUCUGACAGAGCAGCUGGGAGAGGGAGGAAAAAGCGCUCACGAGCUGCAGAAGGUGAAGAAGAAGUUGGAACUGGAGAAGGAAGAACUGCAGCUCUCCCUGGAAGAGGCGGAAGCAGCCCUGGAGUCGGAGGAGGGCAAGGUGGUGCGCAUCCAGCUGGAGCUGGCCCAGGUCAAGGCCGACAUCGACCGCCGCGUGCAGGAGAAGGAGGAUGAGUUCGAGGCCAUCAGAAAGAACCACCAGCGCAGCAUGGAGUCCAUGCAAAUGAGCUUGGAGGCCGAGGCCAAGGGGCGCGCCGAGGCCCUGAGGCACAAGAAGAAGAUGGAGAACGACCUCAACGAGGCGGAGCUGCAGCUGGACCACGCGAGCCGCACCAACGCGGAGGCCGGCAAGCUCGUCAAGAAGCUGCAGCAGCAGGUCAAGGACGCGCAGCUGCAGAUGGACGAGGAUGGUCGCGAGCGGGACGAGCUGCGUGAGCAGCAGAGCGUGGCCGAGCGGCGCCUCGCGCUGGUGCUCGCCGAGCUGGAGGAGCUGCGCGGGAACCUCGAGGUGUCAGAGCGCGCGCGCAAGAUCGUCGAGCAGGACCUGGCUGAGCUGCGCGAGAGGCACUCGGAGGCCGACACGCAGAACCAGCACUUGAAUGGUCAACGUAAGAAACUGGAGAGCGACUUGCAGCACCUCACGAUGACCUAUGAGGAGAUGAUUUCUGAGUACCGGUCCACAGAUGAGAAGGCUAAAAAGGCCAUCAUUGAUGCUGCCCGCAUGGCGGAAGAGCUGAGGCAACAGCAGGACCAUGGCACACACCUGGAGAAGAUCAAGAAAAACCUGGAGCAGACGGUGAAGGACCUCUCCGCCAAGCUGGACGAGGCCGACCAGAUCGCAAUGAAAGGCGGCAAGAAGAUCAUCCAGAAACUGGAGAUCAAGGUGCGCGAGCUGGAGGGCGAGCUCGACGCCGAACAGAAACGGCACGCCGAGACCAUCAAGAGCCUGCGCAAGAACGAGCGGCGCAUGAAGGAGCUCAUCUUCCAAACGGACGAGGAUCAGAAGAACCAGGCGCGCAUGCAGGAGCUGGUGGAGAAGCUGCAGAGCAAGAUCAAGACCUACAAGCGGCAGCUUGAGCUCGUGGAGGAAGAGGCCAACACGAACCUGUCCAAAUACCGCAAGACCAUCCACGAGCUCGACGAGGCGGAGGAGAGAGCCGACAUUGCCGAGUCGGCGCUGGUCAAGAUCCGCACCAAAAACCGCGGCUCGGCCGCCAAGGGCUUCUCCAGCUCGGUAGACCACGCUGGGAAAGAUGCCGAUGACUAAAUGUCCACCCCCUUGCUGUCUCUUCUCUUGUCGUGCUUCAUUUCUGGGUUACAACUCGCCCCACCUCUCCAAUUCCAGGGCUCCCAGCUCCCUGGCGACAAUGGAUGAUGACUACAUGUGACCACAGUACAGCACCAGCAGUUGUGUUUUCUCUACCAUGCAGUAGAAGGCGGACAAAGGCAAGCUGUGCUUAUGUAUGUAUGUUGAACUUCUUUCGCGCCGUACGUAGCCAACCGUGCUAAUCUGAAGUGCGGGGAAAGACAACAAACUCGACACAAAAAGCAGAAUAGAAAGAGCAUCACAGCGCUUCAUUUCAGCAUGAACAGCCCUGAACAACGCUCCCGGAAUUAUUUUGGCACGCGCCACAUCCAUCGCGCUGAGUUUGUGCUCCAUAAUUUGCUCGUAGGAUCAUAGCAAACAUCGGCCACAAUUAUAAAGGAUGGUCAUGGAUAGGCGGCGCCGUUCACUGCCAUGCCUGCUCUGAGACCAGUCGAACAGCGUUCCGUGAAAUAAUUAAUAAGUGAGAUAUUCUUUGGUUAUUUCGGUAAAUUCACGUAGGUAGAAAAUGUAUAGAUCACGACGUUUCGAUCGCAACACACGCAACCGUCAUCAGGUGAGACACGUCGUGAUCUAUUAAUUUUCUACCUACGUGACUUUACUGAAAGAACCAAAGAGUAUGGAUUCCUGCAGUCACGAAAGCUUCAAAUCAAGAUUGAGUGGGAUGUGACGACAAUGCUUGUUUAUGUCCGAAGCAGUGUCUUUUUAUCAGAAGUUUCCCCGUUUCUCUCCCUCCCCCGCCAUCAUCACUGCCUUGUAAGCACGUGCUGGUUAUAUCAGAACUGGUUUAUGUUACCGAAUUAGGUGGGCUUAUACUGUAUACAGAUUUUACUGCGUCACUGCAGAUAGACCCCCUUAAAACAGCUGUAGAGCAACGAUUCAUUUCAACUGAACUGUUCAUUGUACUCACUCUGGAACAAUUUACACUGCAAGCUUUGUUAUGUUUUUUUUUACGACCAAGAAACCGCCCUGUAAUAUGUUGUAAUCUAAGGUGGGCGAAACGCAUGACACACAGUACGCUCGCAAUUAAACAACCGCUGUGUGUUUAUUUUAAAACGUGCUAGUUGUGUAACCAAACACACACACGUAUGUUUUCUAAUAAAUAACAUAUUUAUAGUGGCGGGGUUUCUCCACCCAAAAUGAAAACUGCCCAUUGCUGCAAUAUAACUGCUCCACUGCCACCUUGGGGUGUAUAACCAAGUGUAAUUGGUCAAUUCACAACGGUCACCUGAUGUAACCGAGUCUGUUAAAGAGUCGUCUUGUAACCCAUAAGUGUGUAAAUACAAAAUAGCUUCUAUGCAAUGUUACCAAUAUUAAUCAGAGGUGACAAAAUAAACAAGAGAACAUA